AUGUCUGCAGGAACGCUACUACCACCUUUCGGCUUAAACUCGGAUAACUCUUCCGGGCAUGUUGUACUUCCACUUGGUGAUGUGCAAGCGGGGGAUUACACGACACAGACAGCAUCUGACAAACUUGCUGGCGUCGCAGGGAACAUCGCCAUUUACGAUUCGGAUGGCGCAAACUUUUCUCAAGCGUCCAUUGGCCGGAAUGGAGAUAACUCCUUGACUUUCACCCUCCACCAAGAUGGGACAGGAUUAGGUGCCGUAGUCUCACCCCAAUCGCCCAUUAGUGGGAACAUAUCAGUCAACUUCAACUUCACUGGUAACCUCUUUUCGCGAAUCAAUGGUUCUAGUCCUGCACCCAACCAUCCAAAUUUGGUGCUCUUUUUCGGAGCGUUCAUUGGACCGGUCCUUCCUCUGGUUUGGCUAUGA